AUGCCUUGGAUUCCCCUAGCUCGCAUAGCUUUCGCAAUAGCAACGCACCCCUUCAACCCUACAUCUCGGGAUGACCUCCCCCUGGAACUUGGCGACGAGCUUUACAUUAUCGAAUCUUGCAAUGAUGGUCAAUGGUUUCGUGGAUACCUUGUUGCGCCUCCAUCGCUGCUGGCCGGUCUGACCAGUACUAAGGGAGCUACUCUCGAGGCUCGUGUGUUUUCGGGAAUCUUUCCAGCCGCGUGCGUCGACAUCAAGGAGUACUUGACUACAGAGGUGCCGCUCCUACCCGAGGAUUCCGUGGAGGGUAGAGACUACGAUUACGACGGCAAUGAGGUAUCUAGUCCGCGGGAUAGCGUGAUGGUCAAUGGGAAUCGUCGUUUAUCUCAGCAUCGGGACUCGAAUGGCGCGAACGGUCAUGCUCGGUACAGCGCCGAUUCAAAUGGACGUCGGCCAAAGUCCAACGGUAACGGUAGUAGUAAUCGGGUCGCUCGGACAAAGUCCUCGCGGUCAAGGAGGAAUCGUCGUUCAGUGAUCACGCCUCCGCCCGGGCACCCCGGCGAGGCUGGUCGUAAUCGCCCGCGACCGGCCGCCCCAGUUCCCAUGUUGAAGGUUGGCGACGAGACCUCUUCGUUCGAAUCGGAACCGUUGGUGGAUGAGAUCGCUUCCUGCCUCAGGGAGUGGCAUGCGGCCAAUCUCCACGAAUUGCUGCUAAAUUGCGAGUAUCCACUUCUUGACGACAUGUCUUCCCUUGUGCACCAGCUCGACCUGUCCCGACGGCAGUUGCUACACAGUGUGCUGACAAAGGCAGAGCUGGUGGCCACCAGGGAGAGGACGGUUUGGGCGCUCGUCAGGGGGAAUAAGCUGCUCUCUCGGGAGAUUAUUGUCCGGGACCCUAGCUCUGGGAGAAUACUGACGGGAGAUGACUCCAGUGUUGAUAUCACUACCUUGCAGUCGCAGAUGUCGUUGUUAGAAUACCCGCUCACCCCUUCUCAGGAUGGGAUAACAUUGCAUCACUUGUUGAUGGAGCACAAGGCUUUUGUAGGGGCGGCGAAUGAGCCGGUAACCCUCGUAUUUUACCUGGCCACCAAGCAGAAUAUACCCAUUUCGGAGUCAUUCACUGUAUCUCUCAACGCGCAUGGGACACCGGUGGAUUCAAAGAAUUUGGGCAAGAUGCAGACGCUCUUCACCGACCUCUCUUCGAGGGAUGCUAUGGAAGACAUGUUUUUGAUUGCUAGAGUUUAUUCCAACAUGUCGGUUGUUCCCGGCCCAGUUGCCUCAUCUGGCAAGGGCCACCAUGCUGCGCCUUCGGAAACCACGUUUGGAACUGUCAAGCAUUCAGCCAUGAACGGAGCUACGUCGCCAGGUAAAGGCGAACAGAAGAUCAAAGGAAGGGUGAGUGUAUUGUUUAGUCCAAGGCCGAAAACCUCGGGGAACGAGGGCUCGCCGACCGAAUUGCGCGCGAACGAUGAGAAUAUCCCCCCCCAUCCUGCCCCUCUGCUGCCGAACUCACCGAUUGCCGCGACGCGCGAUGCACAACAGGUGCCCCAACGAGUGACGUUCCAGAGAGCGCUAGGAGUGGGGGUUCUCGAUGUCGGGAGGUUUGUAAGGCAGGACCAAGCCAUCGAGCAGAUUAUGAGGAUAUUUUCUCCCGCUGGGAUGGGGUCGGCAGCUGGUGGCGUGGAGAAGGGCUCUGGUGGCUCGCCCGGGGAAAAGAGUGGCGGGAGGCCCGGAGACGGCGAGGAUUGGGACAGGCUGAUCAGGGAUAUCAUUGAGUCCCGAACGGGGAAAUUGUCGGUUCCCGAGAUGCUGGGGGGGGAGUCCUUUAGUGAUGACCAGCCUGCUGAUAUGCGAUUGCAUAGUGAGAAGUCACCAAAGGCGGAUCGCCUUCAUCUCUAUCUCCGUCCAUUUACAUCUCCUGAUGCGGACUCACUGAUCAAGGCUACGCCUACUUUGCUGCACAAUAUCAGUUGUGCGCAGAAGAUUGGGUUUUCCGGAGCGCCAACAAAGCCUAGGUCUGAUAUAUACGUUACUCUUGGGAAUCCGAUCUUGCCCAGGCAGGCAUUAUUGCUUCAUCCGAAGUUGGGUUCCUGUGCACUCCCGGCGCCAUCGCGUUUUGAUUCUCUCCAGAUAUCGCUCGAAGUCCGGAGGCCGAACGGGGAGAGGAUUAAGGAUUGUAUAUUUUCAGCUUCGAACACCCCAGGAGUGACCGUUUGGAAAUCCGUUGUUGUGGCCAGGGACGAAUCGUGGAAUCAAACUAUUAGGCUCGCUUUGGAUGAGGAGGACGUUCCCAGUGCUCAUUUGUUCAUGGUUCUCUCGAGUGUCCCGCAUACACCUACCGCCCUGGCGUGGUUACCGCUGUGGGAUAGGGGGGCCUUCUUGAGGGAUGGAGAUUACUCACUGUUGUUGCACAAGUAUGAUGAAUGGACCUCUUCGCCCAUAUCAACAGAUUCAGGGAAUGGUAAUGGAUAUUUGAAUCAACCUUGGAGGCCGGGGGAUGAAGGAUGGGUAACGGCGAUGCCGGUGGGAGGCGCGACUGCCAUGGUAAAGGUCAAAACCUACCUAUGCAGUACAAAGUUUUCCCAGAACGAUGUUUUGCUAUCACUGUUGCGAUGGAAGAAUAUGAAAGAGUCCGAGUUGAUCGCAUUGCUAAAGAAGGUUGUAUUCGUUCCCGAGAUGGAGGUCGUUAAACUGCUCCGGGAGGUUUUCGAUGCACUAUUCGGGAUAUUGGUCGAGUAUGCCAAAAAAAUGGAGAUGGAGGACCUGGUUUUUAUCGCACUCGUCACGGUUCUUGGGAUCGUCUAUGAUCGGAGAUUCCAUUUGGAGCCCAUUGUGGAUGUUUAUGCUGAGAAGCAUUUUGAUUAUCCCUUCGCUGCUUCGUGUCUGUUACGGUCUUUCACUCGGUUAUUGCAGGAUCCGACUAACCCCGAGAGCUCGAGAAGGCUGCGGUCUACGUUUAAGGUUGGGCGACAUAUUUUCCAGUUUAUCGCUAAGGCAAGGGAGCAGCAGAUUGUGAAGGAGGCCACUAUCGGGCUAAACGGCGGCAGCGGCGGGAAUCAGACAUUCACGAAGGAUCUUCAGGUUAUAUUCAAGCUGCUGGAGAAGCUCAUGCGGAAUGGCGCUCCUAUGCUGGUAGGCAGUCAGACGCUUGCCGUGCAGCAUUUUCAUACUUGGUUGCCGGAGAUGGCUGGGUUGGUUAGUCGGGAGCAGAUAUUAUUGGUUGCUAUUGACUUUAUGGAUGCUUGCUCGGGUGUUAAGGGGAAGCUGAUUCUCUACAAGUUGGUCUUGAUCAUCAACUACUCGCGGAGUUCGCUGUUUUCUCAGCCCGAGGACCGGCGGGCUUUGACGCUUAACACCGUGCGAUGGUUAGCCCCACAUUGGGGGAAGACUGAUGAUGUAACUGGGCAAUGGAGGGAGCAGGUUCGGCUUUGCUGCAGCGUUCUUGCGGCUCAGGUUGAAGAGCUUGGGGAGGAGGUAUCAGAGUAUAUUCCCAAAAUUAUUGAUUCGUAUCGGGCAAUUCAGGCUACCGGCAGACACGAAAGGGAGACCUUUUCGUUACUAUUCCCCCGUACCUAUCCUUUCCCCACCAAAAAUAUCCCCGACCGACCAGUAUUCGACGAGGCGCUGAUAGAACUCGCUGCUAUCUUGGCUGCCGUAUCAAGCAUUCCCACCGGGCUACAUCUGGAUCUUGGCGAGGAGGACUUGGCCAAGUUUUUAAUGGACGACCUACAAGUCCAUAUGAGUAUUCUCUCGUGCGAUGCUUUCCCAGAGUCCUGGCUGAGUGUGCAUAUCUACCAGCACAAGUCGACAAUGCGGACGUUGGAGACAUUGGCAGGAAUUCUGGUUGAUUCAUUCCUACCAGACCCGGAUGAUGCGGAGAAGUUCAAUACGGAGCUUUGGCAAACUUUCUUCACGACCUUGCUAAUGCUUGUUGGGUCGGAUGCUCUGGCGCUGGAAACCUUCCCGGAGCAGAAGAGGCGGGCAGUGUGGAAGGUUGCUGGGGAUGUCAGAGAGCAAGGUGCGGAUUUACUAAGAAGAACAUGGGAGGCCAUUGGCUGGGAGACGGGCAGUGAGGACAAGAGGAGGUUUGGGGUUGAGAAGAUGGGUGGGUAUCAAGUGCAAUAUGUGCCUGGGUUGGUGGCGCCUAUUGUUGAGCUCUGCUUGAGCGUGCACGAGGGGCUGAGAAGUGUAGCGGUGGAAGUGCUGCAAACGAUGGUGGUGAGCGAGUGGACGUUGAGUCAGGACUUGAGUGUUAUCCAAGCGGAAAUGAUUGAUGUAUGCGUUUUCUUCUUUUUUUCUUCGAUUCUAUCAGGCGGUGCCGGUGCUAACGGAUCAUUGUAGAGUCUGGAUCGACUUUUUAAGUCUAAAAAACUCACAGAGAGUAUUACCCAGAAACUCUUUAUUGCUGACUUGAUUGAGCUCUUUGAGCCGUUAUCACUCAUUCCUAAUGAUCCCCUUACGGUCAAGGUUCGCGACCUGUUACACACCAUUGAUCGGUUUCUGGAUUUGUUGGUUGCUGUUCACAAUACGCCGCUGGGAGAAGCUUAUCGUAUUAUGGAUACCCUCCGACUGAUGGAAUUCCUGAAGGAUAUGCGAAAGGAAGAUAUGUUUAUUCGCUAUGUCCAUCAACUCGUCAGUGUUCAACUGAAGUCUCAGAAUUACGUCGAGGCGGGCCUGUCGUUACAACUUCACGCGGAUCUGUAUUCAUGGGACACGACUGAGAAGGUGUCAGCCUUAAUCGACCCGCCAUUUCCCGGCCAAACGGCAUUCGAGAGGAGGGAGGCGCUAUUUCUGGAAAUGAUAAAAUUAUUUGAGGACGGCAAGAGCUGGGAGAACGCGCUGGAUACGUAUAAGGAACUGGCGCACCAGUAUGAGAACGUGGUAUUUGAUUACGCGAAGUUGGGUAAAUGUCAUCGAGCUAUGGCAAAGAUUCAUGAGGAUAUUCUCGGCGGUGACAAGCUCAGUCCGCAGUUCUUCCGUGUGGCGUACCUAGGUAUGGGAUUCCCCGUCGGUCUGCGGGACCGUCAGUUCAUUGUUCAGGGCAAUCACUGGGAGAAACUCGUGCAAUUUUCGGAUAGGAUCCAACAACAGCACCCCGCGGCCAAGAUUGUCGCUUCUGGCGAGGUUGAUAGCGUUGAGGGACAGUUUAUCCACAUUACUGCUGUCGGGCCCGAACAUGAUCUUUUGAAUCCUGUUUUUCAGAGAACCAAGGUUCCGCCAAAUACCAGAGAGUUUUUGCUACAGAAACGGCCGAGGUCAUUUUCUUGCUCGAGGCCGCUGCCCGGGACUGAUGUGGGGCGACCUUCGUCUUGGUGGAGCGAGAAGACAAUCUACAAUACGGCUGAGCGGUUCCCAACUAUUCUGCGGAGAUCAGAGAUUCUGAGUGUCUCCACCACGACGGUUAGUCCUGUUGAGAACGCGAUUGAAGCGGUCACUUCGAAGACCAGGGAAUUGUCGCUGCUUGAGAAGCGAUAUGCUGAUGUGAAGGGCGGUGGGGGUGGAGAUAACUUGAACUCGCUAACCAUGAUCCUUACCGGAGCUGUGGAUUCGCCGGUCAACGGUGGGGUUGGGGGGUAUAGGGAACUGAUCGAUGAUGAUGAGAACGUUGCAAUUGAGCUGAGGAAUGCCUUGAGGAUGGCGAUACUAGAUUACGUCUUGGUGCUGAAGAAAUGCCUUGCUGUUCACGGCCAACUGGUGGCUAAUCCGUUGAAGCCUAUGCAUGAGAAUAUGAUGCAAUGUAUGUCUCAUCUUUUCGUUGGUUGAUAUUAAACUAAUAACAUGAUAGUAUUUGAAAGGAAUUAUACUGCUGAGAUAGCUGCACUCGCUCCAAGCACUGUUCCAGCACCUAUCCCUAUCAGCCCUGGUCAAUGGAGAACCCCGCUCUGUUCCCCAUCAACUCCUGUCCCGUUACCGAAGCCGUUGAUGGGUGGUACCCGACCGACCCCUCUUGUCGACGGUACGGUAGCCAGUACAGCUCCUUCGAUAGCUGAAGACGCUGCAAGCGUCGUCGGCAGCACCCGCGGCCGCCUAGCAAACAUGAUCUUUGGCGCGAACACGAACCACGCGAAAGACGGAAUCCUAACCAGUAUAACCGCAACCGCAACCGCAACCACAACCACCGCCCCGAACGGUCAUCGUAGCCAUCAUCGAAAAGAGGAAUCAUCAAUCCAGUCUGUCCCCGCGCCACCUAAAUCCUCCUCCUCGCGCUCCCACAGCGGCAGCGUAUCAACCACUAGCAGAACAGCAAGCACCUCCCGCAGCCGCUCAAGAAGUAAAUCCCUUGGCCGCCGUCGCAAUGAUUCCGAAUCGCGUCAUCCGCCACCGCCUGUUCCGUCAGUGGACAAUUACCACGAAGAAGUGACCAAGAGUCGGGCGAGUACUAGCAGUGGUCGUCCACCAGGAAGUAGUGGAAGUGGGAUUGUAAACUCGAUGGAGAGGGGAGUCGGAAGUGUCCGGAAGAGGUUUUCGAUGUUGAAGCUUGGGAAGAAGCAGAGUCGGUCUUCAGUUAAAGAUGGGGGGAGUGAUAGGGGACAUGGGCAGGUUGGGUGGGGGGGCGACUCGAGGAGGAGUGAGGUUUCGAGUGUCGCUGAGGAGUAGGAGGGCCUACUCUGAUUGGUGUUUUUUACUUUUACUUUGUUUUAUCUUCUUUGUCAUGGACUAGUAUCGGGGGGUUUCCAUUUGACCCAUACUCCUUUGUCUCCCUCUCACCAUCUCCUAUGCACUACGCUUUACCGACCUUCUCCUUUUCUUUACUUUUCCUGUUUGCGAGUCUUUAUAUAUGCGGGGCGAAUUGCGGGGGGAGCGGCUUUUACUUUUAUUUAUUUAUUAUAUAUGUCAUGUCCACUCUUAGGCUGCUUUAUCUUUUUUGUAGUGUUUUUUUCUUUUCACUUACUUUUUAUUCUUGCCGUCAAUGUGUUUAUACCGGUAUUCCCACUACUGCUACUACUACUACUACUACUACUGGCGCGCUGGCUUGAAGUUCACCCACCUAUCUCAUUUUGUCCUUUCUUGUUUCCUAUUUUGUUUUUACUUUAUUCAGGGCAUGCUGGACGCAAUUUUUAUAUUCGUUUCUUUUCUUUUGUUUCUUUCUCCUUUCCCUCCUUCUCUGGUUCUGUUGGUUUGGCAGGUUGAGCGGAUCCAUGGAUGGCGUGUACGGUAUCAUAGUAUCAUACGCAGCUACAGUAG